UGAGAUAAGGUAGGAUAUAAUUAUAAUGGUAACAAUGACAUUAACCUUCAUUAUCAUUCUUUAAUUUAAUAAAUACAAUUAUAAUGAAGAAAGAAUAAUGAAUCAGGCAUUUGAGAAGUCUACUCUGCUUUAAACGAUGUAAGUUGCUUUGGAUAAAAGCGUCUGCUAAAUGCCCUAAUAGUGUAUUGCAAUGUGUGUCAGACUGAAAUUCCUAAACAAUUUGUCGGUUCUAGCUAUGUUGUAAAAUUUACGAGACAUUUUACCAUAUAAUCAUUGUUACCAUAUAAUUAUAAUAAUAUGAAUGAACGAAUAAUAACGAAUCAACCAGUUGAGAACUCAACUCUGUGUAUAUGGCGAUGUGUGUUCGAACCAACAACACACAUUUAUGGUAUUUUGUUUUAUUGUAUACUAUCUUGAAAUUGUAUUGAUUUGUUUAACUCAAGAACACUUUUACACACAUUGUUCAUUCAUGGAGCUCUCCACACCCUCGCAUUAACAAUGACCUAGACUUGGUGACAGUUGCCACAAACAAACAAAACGAGCAAACAAUGUUUCCUAGCCAAUAUAAACUAUAGAGCUAGUCCUAAAUCCGGUUAUGGUAGACUCUCUCUUUGGACUCUUAAUUGAAUGGACUUUUCUUGGGACUACUCAAGCAAUAGUUUGGAGAAUAAACAUGGAGUAAGAGGGACUGUUCCAAAUUGUCUUCUUGACAACUUGACACCUUGAAAACAAGUGUGGAGAAGGAUGGCCCUUCUCUGUGCGGACUGUAGCAUGGUGUUCAGCUCUGGGAGCCUGCUGCAGAGACAUCAGAUCCAGCUCUGUGUGGGGAAGGCUGCAGGAGACCCCAUAGCAGCACGCAAGGAGCCUGAAACUCAGGCCGCAGACCGUGGAAUAGGUGUUGAGUCUCGGAGAACAACGACCCCAGAGCUCAUCAAGAUGAGAAGUCAAAAAUCUUGCCAACAGAAGAGAAACAAUAACCAGGGAAUCGUUGAUGCCGCACCCAAUGCCGACCGAGUAGAAGAAGAGAAGAGACCUAGAAGACAAGAGAACCAUCCCCUGAAAACCCUUUCAGACGAGGUUCCAGGAGGUCGGGCCGGUCAGGACACCAGACUCAGGUUAAUGGAGGAGAGGACCAAGCUGCAUAAGACCCGGCUGGCCCAGAUACACGAUCACAACCAGCAGCUGCAGCGCCAGAGAGAAGAGCUCUUCCAACAGAUGGGUGCCCUUUCAGGGCAGACCACUGCCAGUCACCUGGAGAAUCUGCUGGUUCAGCAAAAGGACAAAGAAGACAGGAGCGAAGAAAUACUCCGACAACUGACCCGGCGCCUCGACACACUGCAGGUUGAAUCGAUAGCCACCAACCAGCCUGGUCCCGAUCGAAAUAGGGCCCAUUCCCUUAACUUUGACCUGUUAAGAUCUUCUACAGACGGACCUCUUUCUUCCCAGAUAAGGGAGAUGCAGGCGGCCUAUGUGCAGUCUGGGGGGUCGGACCCGGGCCUUCUGGCCCAGAUGAUGGACCUCCAGCGAGAGGCCCAGCGGUUGGAGCAGGCCCCCCUUGAGGCCGAGGCCAAGGGGAGGAGGAAGAAGGUCAGGCCCUAUCGCCGGGGUCCGAACCGGGAGCUGCUGGCCCUGGAGGCCGAGAACCGGAGGCUGGAGCACGAGAUCCUUCAGAUCCAAACAGUCCGGCCCUAUGGAGACCAAGGCUCCUCCUCUCUCUCUCUGGUGGAGGCGGAGCUUCAGCAGGAACAGCUCUACUGCAUGGUGGACAUCAAGGCAGAGAUGGAGGCUCUUCGCCUGGAGAUCAGAGAGAGGAGCAAGGGCGUGGCCAGGACGUGCAGACAGGCCCCUCCACCCCCACCUCCAUCACAGCGCCCACCUCCUCCGGUUUACCCCGCCCAGCAGGCACCAAACCCCCUGGUGAGGUGGACGCGCUCCGUAGACGAAGGAUAUGACUCCGCCCCCGGGGACGUUCCGCGGAUGGACCGCCGUGACCCGCGGGUGGAGUUAGUCCUUUUCUACGACAUGGUGGUUGGUAUUGAUGCGAGGCUGAGCAUGCUUCGUCUGGUGUCGUCUCUCUACCUGGGGGAGCAGCAGAUGGGGCUGCCGGCCCCCCUGCCCUGUGUCCUGUGUCAACCGGGGGUAGAAAUGCCCUUUUCCCAACAACUGCCCCCAGGAGUCUACGCCCCCCUGCUGGUCAAACAGCCGGUACCCAGGAAAGUACACUUGUCAUUAGUUCAGCGGACUGUACUUUAAAUGUUAAUACUUUUCGUAUUAGAGAUGUUCUAUUUUUGUGCAUUAUUUUACCUGAAGUAAAACCUUUUUACUCCUGGUUGAAUUAAAAUAAAUGAUAUAUAAUGCAUAGAUUGAAAUAUAAUAAUUACAAUCAAUGGGCAUCUUGGCCAAAAAAGGGAAUGAGCGUUAGUGAUCUUUAGCAUGGGUUCCACUCUAGGAUUGAACAUUGGCACACAAUAGCAAAUUAAAACAUGAGUUUAUAGAUUUAUUCUCCUACUUUUCAGAUUUAUCUAUGUUUAAGGUGGUUUGCUGUCGUACUUCCCAUCCUGUGAGAACCUGUACGGACUCUCUCCUCCUCUGUUCCAGACUCUGCCCGUACCCCGGCCUCUGCCUGGUGAUGGAGGUCCACGGGCCAGGGGCGCGCCACGGUCCCAGGAGGCAGGAGAUGAUGUCUCUGGGCUGGGCACGGCUGGAGCUCUUUGACCUAAACAGCCAGCUCCACAGGGGCUAUUGGAAGGUUCCGGUUCGCAGCCUUCCAGUUACACCGGCCAAACAUCAAGUCGACCUCGACUCUGUGCCACAGGUGGGCCAUAUGGAGAUACUGUUGCGUGUGGCCGGACCUGAAGGAGAUGCACCAGUUCAGCCUGGUUCCAGUGCUCCGGGGCAAUAUGAACAUCCCAUAGUGGUUUCUUCUCAUGCAGUACCUGUACCAGUCUCAGUAACGUCUUCAACAACGUCAUUGUUAAGCCAUGAGUUCCCCAUAACAGCCAAUCAAAGCUUCUCCGGUCCAAUUGACCAAAACGAGGAAGCCAACCAGAGUUCAGAGGAAGUGGACGACCAAAUAGGUACCGAGACUGUGGACAUUUUGGGGCUUGAAAUUAAAUAAACACUGUUUGCGUAGGAUCAAUAGGACUUCAUUGGUGUUCUACAUGGUUUGAUUAGGUCAUUAGGAUUAUCUAAAUACUGCUGAAAGGCCAUGUGGCUUGUAUUAUCUCUCUCUACAUAUAUAUAUUCUAUGUUUGUUCUAAUUUCCCUUUGUUUGCAAGAUUAUUUUAUUUAUUAUAAAAUAUGAAUUAUUAUUAACCCA